UGGCGCGGCGGGAUGCGGCCCCCGGGGGGCGGCGCGGGGUCCGUGGCGCUGGCGGCGGGGCUGGUGCUGCUCUACUACGCCUUCUCCAUCGGCAUCACCUUCUACAACAAGUGGAUCAUGAAGAGCUUCGGCUUCCCGCUCUUCAUGACGCUGCUGCACCUGCUGGUCAUCUUCGCGCUCUCGGGCCUGACGCGCCGCUGCGCCCGGAGACCCGCCCGGCCGCUGCUGCCCUGGGCCGCCUACCUGCGCCAGGUGGGCCCCGCAGCUCUGUCAACAGCCCUGGACGUGGGGCUCAGCAACUGGAGCUUCCUCUACAUCACUGUCUCCCUCUACACCAUGACCAAGUCCUCGGCUGUCCUCUUCAUCUUGUUCUUCUCUCUGGUCUUCAAGCUGGAGGAGCCGAGGGCGGCGCUGGUGCUGGUGGUGCUGCUCAUUGCGGGGGGACUCUUCCUCUUCACCUACAAGGCGACACAGUUUAACAUGGAGGGCUUUGCCAUGGUGCUGGGUGCCUCCUUCCUGGGCGGAAUCCGCUGGACGCUGACACAGAUACUUCUGCAGAAGGACGAGCUGGGACUCCAGAAUCCCAUAGACACCAUGUUCCACCUGCAGCCAGCCAUGUUUCUGGGCCUCUUCCCCCUCUUCGCUGCCUUCGAGGGCCUGCCCUUGUCUGUAUCGGAGAAGCUCUUCCGUUUCCACGAGGUGGACCUUCUGUUGGGCCUCUUGGGGAAGCUGGCCCUGGGAGGGCUGCUGGCCUUUGGGCUCGGCUUCUCCGAGUUCCUCCUGGUGUCGAAAACCUCCAGCCUCGCCUUGUCCAUCUCUGGGAUUUUCAAGGAGGUCUGCACUCUGCUGCUGGCCACACACCUCAUGGGAGACCACCUAAGCCUCUUGAACUGGCUGGGCUUCGUUGUCUGCCUCCUGGGGCUCUCCCUCCACGUUGCGCUGAAGGCUCUCAGUGCCACAGGGCAAAAGGGCGCCAGGCAGCCCAAGGAGUCUUGCUCCAGCCCGGACUUGGAGUUGCUGCUGCUCCACCACCAGGAGGAAGAGGACCCUGCGGGAUUCCCCCAGCGCUGAAACACGCCAGCAGCUCAGCCAAGAGAGUCCAAAGGCAGGGGGAGCCAGCCACCCCGGAGGGCUUCAAAUGGGGGAGCUCGUGACCCCUCAGA